GUGGUAGCGGAGGACAGUUACUUAAACGAGGUGCAGAACUCAGUGCCUCUGUCCUGCUCUGAGGGAUUCACAGAGUUGGGAUACUACAACGGCACCGUGUCUCAGACGGACUCUGGCGCCCCCUGUCUGAAGUGGACCGAGUUUCCAGACUAUGUGAUGCAGUAUCCGGGCCGAGGGCUGGGCGACCACAGCUACUGCAGGAAUCCUGACCGAGAGUCCAACCCCUGGUGCUUCUUCAGACAAAACUCUGGAGCCAUCGGAUGGGCUUACUGCGACUGCCACCAGGGCGCAGCGCGUCUGGUCGGCAGCUCGUCCUCUGGCAGUGGGCGGGUUGAGGUCUACCUGAACGGCCAGUGGGGGGCGGUGUGUGACUCCCACUGGUCAGACAGAGAUGCCAGUGUGAUCUGCAGGCAGUUGGGCCUCGGCGACAUUGGCACGGCCUUGCAGCACUCCCAGUUCGGUUCGGGCUCCGGCCUCUUCCACUACGAGCGCCUGGGUUGCCGUGGCGACGAGAACAGCCUGAGUAGCUGCCGGAGCAGGACGUUCGUCACUGGUGACUGUAGCCAUGGAAACGAGGCAGCAGUGGUGUGUACGCCGCCAGAAGGCAGUGGCCCUCCGCUGCGAUUAGUCGGAGGCGAGGAGGACUUUGAAGGUCGUGUGGAGGUGUUUCACGCGGGAAGGUGGGGCUCCGUCUGUGACGACCAGUGGGACGACAGAGAUGCUGAGGUUGUGUGCAGACAACUGGGAUUCGGGGGUGUGGCGAAGGCCUGGUCGUGGGCUCACUUCGGUCAGGGUUCAGGCCCGAUCAUGCUGGAUGCUGUGAAAUGCACAGGAAAUGAGCUCUUCCUGGAUCAGUGUCCCCAUGGCGACUGGGAGCAGCAUAACUGUGACCACAUGGAGGAUGCUGGGGUCUCCUGCAGCCCUUAUACAGAUGGUGUGGUGCGUCUGGUUGGAGGAGACAGUCCCUGGGAGGGUCGGGUCGAGGUUUUCCACAACGGUGACUGGGGGACGGUGUGUGACGACCACUGGUCCCAGCAGCAUGCAGAGGUGGUCUGCAGACAGCUGGGCUACAGAGGUCACGCUGAGAUCGUCUCAGAUGGGACGUUUGGCGAAGGCGUCGGUCUGAUCCUCCUGGAUGACGUCCACUGUGAGGGAUCUGAGACCUCCCUGCUGGACUGUCGGCACGGGAUCUGGGGGCGGACUGACUGCUCCCACAGUGAGGAUGUUGGCGUUCGCUGCAGGGGCCGAUCUAGCCAAGAGACCAAUGAAGUGCCGGUUAUCGCACCUUCCACAGGUCCCCUGGUGCGUCUUGUGGGUGGCAGCAGCAGAAAGGAGGGUCGAGUUGAGGUGUAUCUCCAUGGCGACUGGGGAAGUAUUUGUGACUCAGGCUGGAACGACCUAAAUGCAGUCGUGGUGUGCAGACAGCUUGGACACAGUGGUGGAGCCGUAGCAGCUGGGGGGUUCGGUCAGGGGAAAGGGCCCAUCCAUCUGGACCAGGUGAGGUGCACGGGGAAGGAGGAGUUCCUGGGAGAGUGUCCCUCUCUGGGCCAGAGCAUCCAGGGCUGCAGGCGCAGGGAGGAUGCAGGGGUGAGGUGUGACGUCAUGCCGCAGGAGUCAGUGGCACAGGUCAAACCUCAAGAGCUGAGCUGUGGGUUGAGGAAGCUGGUGGAGGAAGAGAGCAACAGGAGGAACCAAGGGGAGGACAACAUGCUCAGGACCACGUGGCCAUGGCAGGUGUCAGUGUGGCUUCAGUCUCAAGAGGAAGAUGACAGUCCUCUCUGCAGCGGCACUCUGAUCAGCCCCUGCUGGGCCCUGACGUCUGCAUACUGUGUCAGCAGGUUUGGCGGCGACCCAUCCAGGUACGUGGUGCGUAUCGGGGCCUCAGAGCAGACUCUCACCCCGGAGGAGGUGGUGGUUCACAGGAAGUUCAAGGGUCAGAGUGGAGGUCACGAUCUGGCUUUGUUGAAGCUACCCAGCACCAAGGGUCACUGUCUGACCUUUGACCCUAACACCAACGCAGCGUGCCUUCCUACAGGAGACACGGCACCAGGGGGAAAUACUCCAUCUUCUUGUGUAGUAAUGGUUACCACUGGCUGGACAGGACCAGACUCAGUCCUCGCAUCCUGGGUCCCUCUGAUGUCCUCGUGGCAAUGCAAGAAGCGCUAUGGCGACAGCUUCUCCAGCCACGGCACCCUGUGUGCCGGCAGUCCUCCAGACACCAGCCUCCUCCAUGGCGACAGUUGUCAGGGCAACUCUGGAGGCGGGCUGGUGUGUCAGGGGGAUAUGGGUCGAUGGGUCCUCACCGGGGUCGUCGCUGGAGGUUACGGCUGCAGCGACCCCUCCUCGCCCUCACUCUACACUCGAGUGAGCCGCUUCAGGAGCUGGAUCGAAGAGGUCACCAACACACGAGUGGAGGAACCGCACACACAGACACAAGAAGAUCUGACACACGUUGACAAUGACCUAACACACACACACGAGGAACACGCACACACCGAGGGCAAAGAUAAAUACCUCCACGUGCACGACAAGCUCAAACACACACACGACCAACAACAAACGAAUGAAAUCGGCGAUAUCAAACAAACACACACUCAUCACUCACACACCAAUCAGCACGCUGGCACACACGCUAAAAGCACACACCACGUAGGGGAUGCAAACACACAAAUUCUGGUCUGAUUGAGGCCGUGCCAUUGGCUUACCAUCUGUGCCAUGUGAGUGCCUGAGGAAGGAGAGUUAAAGGAAGACGAAAGUAAACUUUAACAGUAAAAAGAAACGUGAGAUGCUCCUAACUUAAGUCAGUACAAACGGUCGUCUCUGUGCUCAUUUCAAAUCUGAACUCAGUGUUGUGAAUCCCCAAGUGUUUGCAGGUUGUAAUGGUCGGAUGAGUACGGCAGUGUGGGCAGGCCUUCCUGAGCUGCCAGGAUGACAUGAGUGUGUGGGUGAUUUGUGGUGCUUUACAUGUGAGCUGCAGCCCUGUUGAGAGGCAGAAUGAUGACCGAUGGUGGGUCGGCAACAUUUAGGUUGAGCCUGGCAUGCUGAUCGGGGCCUUUCACCGAUACUGAGAAUCAAAAAAUCAGCAUGGCAUGUAUUUUAAGGACAAUAGCGUUAGCAUUAAAACAAUCGGGGGAUAAUUGCUGAGAUGGUCACACAAGAAUCUAUGCUAAAAUUCACCUGUUAAUGUGUGUCUUCUGUGUGAGCUGUUUAAUAACAAAAAUCAACAAACUAACCACCAGAACAUCUAGAUCUAGAUAUCAUCAUCGUCCCUCUAACGGCUCUACAAUUAUUAUAGAUUAACAAACUCUUGCAUCAGGCGACGCUCAUCCCAAGUUAAGUUUUGAUAAAAAAUUGUGGGUGAUGUGGCUUUUUCAAACAGGGCUUCAGGCUGUUGUCUCAUACCUUUACUGGUGAAAGUGCUGUUUAGACCCGAGACUAAGCUAUUUAACUUACGGACCAUACCUGUGUUUUUUGUCCACUGCUGACUGUUUCAAAGUUCCUCCUCUGCUUUUUCCUGCAAGUACACACAGGGAAUGCAGUCCACAAGGGCAAACAAAAACAUAUCACAAAAUAUAGAAAUCUAAAUAAUGGACCCUUUAAAAUAUUAUUUGCAUUUAUAUAGUGUUUAAUAAGAACAACUUCUGGGCUUUUCAUUUGGUUUAUUACAAACAGAACUCAUGACCCUUAUUAUUAAUUAUUAACAUUCAGAACGGCAGGCUUGAUAUGAGACAACCUUUAUUAAUGACCUGACUAUUAAUGACUCCCCAAUCAGAGAGGCUUUUUUCACAACCUGGCAACCUUAAAGUUGUUAUUGGCUCAUAACCGAGCUAUAAAAUCCACAAUGAAACCCACAGGAUGUAGAGAGCCCAACAAAAAGCACUUACUGCAUCGUGUCAUGAGUGCACCGAUCUUCUCAAAAGCUUUUCAGGAAGCUGUUGCUUUCCAUUGAUUUUCCAGUCCAUCACAAUUAAUGUUAAAUCUGCAUUUAUUUUUUUGUCAAAGUCACUUAUAUUGUUGAGAGGUACCACAGUGCAUUAUUCCCAGAUCAAUUAAAGUGCAUUACCUCGCAACAAUAAUGGAGAAAAACGAAUCUUGAUGUUCACCGUGAUGGAUUCAACAACUCUUAAAGCCGGUUUUACGAGUCUACUAAUUGAUUUCUAUUCCAAAGGGGGGAAACUGUGGAAACUGCCUGGAAAAAUAUACACAAAAACACUGAAACUCCGGUUGGUUUCAUCAGCAGCUAUAUCACGUGUACAAAAUGUGUCGUAUUCGUAGUUAAUAAGCUUAAACAUGCAAAAACACAGGUAUGGUCCUUUAAACUGUACAGGACAAUUAUAUCCUUUCAAAGCCAUUUGACUUGUCGGGUCGUAAAAUAUCUUUUUGUACUGAUUCCAGCAGAUGGCUCUAGAUAGAUAAAUAGAUGGAUAGAUAGCUACUACUCCUGAGUUUAGAUAGUUCGUGUACUGCAUUCAUUCUUGACUGGAUUAGGUAGCCGAAACUCUUUGAAGUUAAAUGUUGUCUGUUCUGUUGUACUCUGAGCAGAUGUGUGCUCCGACCAGAAGGUGGCGACGUUGCUCUAUUUUCACAGGGCCGGCUCUCAUUGGAAAAACAUGGCCCUGAUGGUUCUUUUUAUACUGUUGCUAUAAGUGUACGGACUUGACUUUGUGCUUUGAUGUACUGUGAACCAUUGUGUCGUGAAGCAUCUUGUAACCUGCAACUGCUGUUUUCUCCAACAUGGACCGGUCUGAUGCUUGUUGUUCUAACCCUGUACAUAAACUCAAGCCUAUCACUACUCCUCCCUUCCCCUGACAAUUGAUGUUUUAUCAUGCAGAUCCCGUAGGUUAAUGUAAAAGUGUAUGUCCAUGGCAGGAGGGCGAGGGGAGCGGCGUAAAGUGUUUACUUUACCUGUGUUAAACCCAUCCGCUGUUCCUCGGUGUAAUGUGCUGAAUCACUGUUGAGUAUUAAAACAUAUAC